GUUAACUAUUCCUUGAAGCUAGCUAACUAAGAAUACAGAGUAGACCCCUCAAUGGCAGCCUCAGGCAUCUAUCUAUACCCCACCGGAAGAUUCUCUUGAUAUACUCUGUACAAUGUAAAACUCACUCUGUAUAGAGUACAUGAUGGUUACGUCUCUGAAUGCGUCUUUUAAACCCUCCCCAAUCCCUCCAUGAUGAGCCCCCAAGACAGACGGAAAGCAGAUCGCCGCUAAAUCCUAACAAAACCCGGUCCAUGAGUUUGUUUGCGACUGCUGCGGGAAAAUGUGCGGUCCAAUACCAAUUUCCAGAGACUAAACAUGUUCCUUUUGAGUGCUGUUCAAAUUCUUCACUGUCACGAGGGAAGGGAAAGGGGGGGGGGGGAUCUCAAUGGAUUAAUCACCUCCGGUCCCCAGGGCGGAGGAGUGUCUUCCGGCACCAAAGAUGACAAAAUAGAACAUCUAGACUUGAUUAAACUUGAAGGAGGGAAUCCUGGAAAUCCAAGAGGGACAAAUUCUACAGAGUACAGAGCAUAACUAUCUACCUGUUAAUGGAAUUGAUGGCACAAUUAAAACAGAACAGACUCAGCAAAAUCUCCCCCCUUGGAAACCAUGUCAAAUCUCAUCAUCUCAUUACCCCCCC